UAGCCGUUGCCUUAUCGUUGAGCUCUCUUUUGUUUCCCUCCAAACAAUCUUCACCCUCAAAUACACUAAACAAUAAUACCCUUCAUUCAUCACCAAUACAACACAUUCUUUAUUACUUUAUCAUCAUCUUCAUCAUGGCUAGCAAAUUAUUAGCCUUCACAUUGACAUGUCCACGUCCAUUCACUGCCUCUCCAACAUUCUCUUCCUUAUUAUCAUCCACUUCUGUUUCUAGACUCCAUCAUCCUAUUCAAUUCAACACCGGCCGCCACUCUUGCCUUCGUCGCCGCCUAUUCGAGUUUUCCCUCAAAGCCGCCUCCGAUCAACAGGAAGAUGCUGUUGUUGAUAGUAAAAUAUUACAAUAUUGUAGCAUAGACCAAAAAGAAAAGAAAUCAAUCGGUGAACUUGAACAAGAAUUUCUUCAAGCACUUCAAGCAUUCUACUAUGAGGGGAAGGCAACUAUGUCGAACGAAGAAUUCGAUAAUCUCAAAGAAGAACUCAUGUGGGAAGGAAGCAGCGUUGUAAUGCUAAGUUCUUCUGAGCAGAAAUUUCUGGAAGCAUCUAUUGCUUAUGUGUCUGGAAAACCAAUCUUGAGUGAUAAAGAGUUUGAUGAAUUAAAACUCAAGUUAAAGAUGGAAGGAAGUGAAAUUGUGGCUGAGGGUCCCCGGUGCAGUCUUCGUAGUAGAAAGGUUUAUAGUGACCUUACUGUUGACUAUUUCAAGGCAUUGUUACUGAAAGUUCCAGCAACUGUGGUUGCAUUAGGAUUGUUCUUCUUCCUUGAUGAUGUAACUGGAUUUGAGAUCAAUUAUUUCGUAGCGAUUCCAGAACCUUUCAGUUUCAUUUUGACUUGGUUUGCUGCUGUUCCUUUCAUUCUGUGGUUAGCACAGUCAAUUACAAAUGCAAUCAUAAAAGAUUUCUUGAUAUUGAAGGGUCCUUGUCCUAAUUGUGGUACUGAAAACACCUCAUUCUUUGGGACUAUAUUGUCAAUUUCAAGUGGUGAUUCAACCAACAAAGUCAAAUGUGAAAACUGUGCAACUGUUAUGGUAUAUGAUUCAACUACAAGAUUGAUAACAUUGCCAGAAGGAAGCAAUGCAUAAGUGAAGGUUUCUUAAUUCUCCUUUAAUACUGUCACAUCAUUGGUAGAGAAGCUACUUAAUUACAUAUGGAAGCUAGGGUAACUCAAGUCAAGAAAUUAUCAGUCUCCCUCUAGUUUGAUAUGUAUAUAUUCUGUGAUAUUUGUAUAGCAUACAUAGAAUUUUUCAUUGGGAGAGAUGGGUUAUGAGGAUCCUUAACUCCAAUUAUUGAUUUUAUUAGUUAACAUAGUUGGUAUAUAUUUUUAUCCUAUUUUCAUGUA